AUGACGAUUGUCCACCCUCAAACCCUCGAACCAUGGCAACCACUCGGCAAUCAAUCCAAGGCAUCCGUGAUCGAGCAAAGGUCGUCUGCAUUCAUUGUCACGCCCGAAAGGUCAAAUGCGAUCUCCAAAGUCGAUGUAGAGGGCCAUGUAGCAAUUGCUCAAAACAUGGCUUGGCGUCGUACAGGUCACAGGAUGACAGUCAAGGAGAAAUACUACUCGACGCAGUCGCCAACAUCCCCAAGAACUGCGAAACCGACUCCCCAGGACUGUAGUAUGCUGCCCACAUCAAGGCUAUCUUAUUCAUCGCAGCCUGACUCAAACCACAAUGAAGGCCAAGAGGGAGCUGAAACAGCGUCCGCCCCAUUACAUAGCCAGUAUCUAGGAGAAAUGACGUGCAUGAUACAUGAUACUCCGUCACUUCCCCCGGAUCACCAAAAGACGACGGCAUUCUCGCAGAGUAUGAACGAACAGAUCUUGGAAAUCUCUGGGGCUGCUUCACUACCUUCAGAAAUCUUCCUCAACGCCUCCGCCGAUGCUUACUUCCAAUAUGCCUUUCAUCGUCUACCUGUAGUUGACCGCGAAGAUCUUCUUGUUAAUCAGCCUUCUGUUGUGCUGUGCCAGGCACUUUGCAUGAUCGGAUCGAGGUUCCGGCACCCUAAGGGGCCUGACCCCUUAGCCGAGAGCGGUCAAUACUAUGCCAAAGCCAAAACUCUCAUUCAUGUGAAUCACGAGCGGGAUCAUAUCAAUAUCUUGAAGACGUUGUGUCUUUUGAUGACCUGGAACAUAACAGGGCCCGUGAUCUUGACAUUUGACUGCGGUUGGCAUUGGCUUGGUGUAGCAACGAGCUUGUUGCACCAGAUGGGCCUGCAUCGUGAAGCAACAUGUGCCAAAUUAGCUAGGCCUGGAACUGCUCGUCGGAUUGCUUGGUGUAUUUUCACCCAGGAUAAGCUUCUAUCGGCCGCAGUUGGGCGACCAACUACGAUAAAAGUACAUGAGUUCGACGUUCGGCCCUUAAUUAUGGAGGAUUUUGAGACUUCGGAUACCCCAGCACUACUUUUCAUGGCACUCGCAAAACUGGCCUCCAUCCUCGGCCGGAUCUUAGAGCUGCACUUGCGACGGGCUGCACAUAUUCAAGAAGAGAGUGCGGCUAUCUUGGAAUCCCUCAAGGGCUGGACGCAUAAUCUUCCAGAAAGUAUUCGUCUUCAUGACCGGCAUGGCCGCAGACGCUAUCGGCGAGACGUAUACGAGGUCCAUACGGUGUACUUCAUCAUUGUUAUCACCUACCUCCAUCUAUUUGGAGACCAAACCAGCUUCUCUGCAACUAGCCUUGCGUCGCUGGUGGCUUCAUCUUGUAUCACGCGUUUGUACCAAGAGUUGUACUACAGAGACGACAUCAAUUACCUACUAGGCAUUAACAUGUGGUUCUUACUGGUGGCGUCCGUACCGCAACUUCUCUACAACCCCACCGUCGGCCUCUAUGACCAAGAUCAGCUCUGUUCCGAGGAGCUGGACAUUAUAGUGGCAGCGCUGGAGCAACUACAGACUAAGGUGCCUGGGGCAACAGCGGUUUUAAACGCGGUAAACCGACUUCGUGCAUCUCGGAGCCGCGUUCGGGUUCGAAGCUCCACAACUCUUCGUGCAUCACAAGACGUCAACGAGAUUGGUGAAGAUCAUAAGAUGUCUGCACUGCGCGACUUAUUCCCGUUCCCUUCUUCCUUCAGUCCCAGGCUGAAGCUGCUGGACUAUAGUACUCAGGAAAUGGUGCUUGGGACAGGAGCCCUAGCGGAUUUCGACGAUGAUUUGAGCUGGAUUUGUGAUGAAUACUCGGAAUUGUCAUACGGACUCGCCUUUGCCAAUGGACCUCAGCUUUUUACACAAAGCUACUAA